CGAUUAUUAGCAAAUUUUUAUUAUUAAAAAUUAUUAAUUGGCAUAUAUAUCUUAAUCACAUUAGGUAAUUCCUUAGAUUUUAUUUAAGGAAAGAUUAUAUAAUAAUUUCAAUUUGAUAAAUGAAUGGUCCAUAAUGAACAUACUAUAUAGUAUAACAUUCUCUAGCAAUUUAAUUUUGGACUAACUAAAUUCUCAAUUGAUUCUCAAGCCGCCACGUAAGCAAAAUUAGCAUUCCAAUUACGUGACAAUUCGGCAUAGCACUUUUUUAAUUAGUACAAACUACAUGACUUUUUAAAUGUUUCUGUAUUAAUACAUAGGAGAUUUUCAAAUUGUAUUGAAUAUUAUAGAGUAAUUCUCUCAAAUAGCCAUUUUUUUAGUUUUUGUCAUAAAAAUAGCCCUCAAGGAAAUGACCAAAAUAGCCAUUUUUAUUUUGAAAUUUUUAAUUUUUAUUUUUAUUUUUUAAAAUUUGAAACCAUAUCCCUAAAACCCCGCUCCUUAACUCUAAACCCUAACCCAAAUUAGUUAACCCUAGGAUAAAAACACUUUUUUUAUCUUUUAAUAAAGUUUAUUUUAGUCAUUUUCUUCAUUAAAGACUAUUUUUGUUACAAAAACUUAAAAAUGCUAACCUAAGGAAUUUCUCAAUAUUAUAUGCGUUCCUUGUUGAUUAUUUGUUUUGGGACAUAUUGGUCAUGUUUAGAGUAAACUCUUUUGUUUUGUUAGGGCAUCUACAAUGGCACUCUAUUUUUUCCUCCAUAAUUUACACAAAAAUAGAGUAACUCUAUUAUAGCGUAACUUUUGCUCCAAUGGUGUUACCCUAUAAUAGAGUUAGACUAUUAUAGAGUAAAAUAUAGAAGAAUGUCAUAUUUUACUUUAUAUUUGGAGUGGAAAAGUGACAUUUCUCUAUAUUUCACUCUAUAAUAGAGUAACACAAUUGGAGCAAAAGUUACACUAUAAUAAAGUUACUCUAUUUUGGUGUAAAUUAUAGAGGAAAAAAUAGAGUUUCAUUUGGAGAUGGUCUUAGACCAUCUCCAAUGGCUUACUCUAUUUUUUAUUUUAAAAUAGAGUAAUUCUAUAAUAGAGUUUGAGUUUGCUCCAAUGGUACUCUAUUUUAAAGUAGAAAAUAGAGUGAUGAACAAAAAAAACAAAUUACUCUAUAUUUGGAGUAAACCUAUUUUACACUCUAUUAUAGAGUGAGAAAUAUAGUAUCAUUGGAGCAUUUUUUACUCUAAAUUCUAUUUUAGAGUGAAAAAUAGAGUGGAGUUGGAGAUGCUAUUAGGGAGAGAUACUGCACAACAACAAGAGCAACCAAAUGACUCAAACAACUAGACAUGUUGGUUUCGGUUAGUUUCUGCUUAUAACUACUUACUUUCGUCCCUCCAAGUGAUACAUGUGGUUUACGUGCAGCUAUGAUGGUGCCAAUCAAGUUACUCUGCAGAAGACUUUUCGGACUUCACAACUUAUACUGUGCAGCAAGCAUGGCACUUUAACACCCACCAGAACAUCCCAAUGCAAUAAGUAUCAGAUAGUGAAAAGUAUGUGAGCAAUUAUUUCUAUACCGUUACUGACAGAUUUAGGAGAAGGACUUCUAUGGUUUAUGUUGGAGAUGAAUUACAUCACUCGAAUCGUUCCCAUCAAAAACUGAACUCGAUCCACUUGGUUAAAAAGCGGUUAGAUGUUACAUUGAUAUAAGAAGAAUAAAGAAAAAUAAUUGGCUAUAAAGGAAACAGACCGAUGAAGAGGAAGUGUAUUCACAGACACAGACACGGGAAAUUCAGCACAAGAUUAAUGUUUUCAUAGCUUACUUUGUUCUUGCCGAGUUGGUCAUCUUUCAUAGAAAUUCAAUCUUCUCUCUGGUAAUCCGUCUUAGAUCACUCAGUAACUCACCAACAAAUUCAUGCAUACAUUUUGUACAGCACCGAAUUCAGAUUAAACAAUGGGCGCUGACUGUGGGAUUAUAAAAUAACGCCAAAGAAAAUCAAAGAUGUCUGGAGAAGAUCUCACCGGCACAAGGGUUGCCUUUCGGACAACAAAUCUCACUACCAUGAUGAAAUGUCUUACUCAACAACAUGUUACAAACAAAACAACAAAAGAGCACCUAGAUGCUCUGACCGCUGCUCUUACGCCACCACCCGCUGAUGAUCACCGGAAGAAAGCAGUUGUUCAGUACGGUUCUUCCUGCCGGACAGGAGAUUGAUCAGAUCAAUCAUGCGACUACCCAGUAAAUCACCGUUCUCCACAAUACAACAUAGGAUAUCUCAUGAAGAAUCCACAAAUUAACAAGUUAGAUAGAACGUAUCCUUGCCGCAAUUUGAAAAACUCCCUUCGCAAAGAAGAUCAUUGCAUGUCAAGGUCGAGAAUCAACUCCUUUCUUAGGAGAUUAUGAUCCUUACGGCGUUCAACAUAGCCAUGGGAUAAACACACACUUUACCAUUGAGGAGCAGGAUGUUGGAUACGUUCAUGUGGAAGAUGUCGCAGCAGUGCGCUAAGGAUGCAUGAUGUUCCAACCGUGACAAAAUGUUUUCUGAACUCUUGAUCUUACUUUCAAGCAUUUUAUCAAGCUCAGAAAUAACAAAAGGAUGGAAAACAGGACAGCGAGUGGGCGUAAAAGAGGUUUCAUCUUCUUACAUGAGAAGUCACCUCCUGCAACUAUCUUUGCUUUUGUGAUGUAAGUCAUGUCCACUCAAUGUUAUGCUAAUAAUGAAUCAACAAGCUUCUCUUUAUGUCAUCACCAAACUUUUCACAUAUAUAAAGAUGAGAAUAGACCUAUUUGCCCUUGUAUGCAACCACAUUCAUGUUUGAGAAAUAGUAUCAAUGGGAACAAGGAUUUGAACAGCUACAGUUCUUUUGCCGUCCAAGAUUACUAAACAUGCCGGUAAACAUGUUUCAAUCCCUUUUAGCAAAAAAAAAAAAAAAACAUGUUUCAAUCCCCACCCGGAAUACACACAUCAGUCUAUGUAUUACCUUUGUAGUCCUUGAAGUUUUGUGCGUAACAAGAGUAAUGGAAGAAGACUGUGGUGCAUUUGUAGCAGACUGUGUUGUCCUUUCAUGCUGCUGCCAAUGCCUUGUGUUACAAGUUACUACCUUUGUCUUCUUCAAGGUGCCUCGUAAACUUGCCCAGAGGGUUAAGAAGUUUGUGAAGAGAAGAUGUGGAAAAACCUUGCAACCAAGAACGGAUGAGGAUGUCAUGAAAGAGGAGCAUUGGUGUGGAAAAGGGGUUGUCUUUGAAGAAGGCUCAUCAAAUUGCAUCGAAGACAUUGAGAGAAUGUUGCAAGAGAUGAGUAAAGAGUUCGGUUUUGGAAGCUUCUGGCGUCAUGAAGAUUCGUCUGACAUUCUAGAUGUCAAAUAGCUGGAAAAAAAAAACAGAAAUGAAAACUCAUCUUCUUUGCUUGUGGUUAGGUAUUGAUCAAUAAUCUGGAAAAAAAACUUGUGGAUUCAAAUAUUUUUCUCUAAAAGGCAAGAUGAAGAUAUAGGCAAACUAAGACAAAGGCUGUAAUAUUGUAAAAUCUGUCUUUGAUCUUGUCUUAACUCAUGGCACAAUCUUCCACUACUUUCGAAUAUAAGUUCUUGUUUAUUUCUGAAUAAUCAUUUUUUUUACAUCUUUAUGCUAUACAAACCAGUUAAAAAGACAAUGUUCUCUAUAGUCUUGUAAAAGAUAUUAAGCACUUUUCCCUCGAGUCUGAAGUUUACUUUGUCUUAUUUUUCUUUGUUAACCCUGGGUUCCGAACUUUAUAUAUUUCUCCAAUCCGGUGUAGGUCUUUAUAAAUUCCGAUUUUAAAAAUAACACAUGAUAUUAAAAGUGGUUUAUGAUUUGAACACAAAGUACAAAUGAACCAAUCUAUUUAGACCAAGUACAAUGGGGGUGUUGAAAGUGAAUUUCAACUGUUGAAAGUCUUCCAAUAAGGGUAUUGAAACAUUGUGUCUAUCUACGUGGAUUCAACAAGUGUUAUAAAGUUUCAAAUGUUGAAAAAAAAAAUUUGUGGUCCGGCGCUGCCACAUGUCACUUCAUGACUGGGCAAAAAAAUUAUGUAGAUUUCUUUUGAUUUUUAUUCUCACUCAAUAGUUCGAAAGCAUUUAUUAUAUAAUAAAAAAUAAUUUAAAAAAUAUUAAAAUUAUAUAAAAAUUUGAUAUUUUUUUUCUUUUAUCUAUAAAUAGAUACCACUCUCAUUUCAUUUGGAUACAAAAAAACGUUAUUUUUCAUUAUAAUCAACUAUUUUAAUGUUUAACUUUGUUAAAUGAAUCUCAAUAAUAAUUUUAUAUGUUAUUUUAGUUUUCAAAGUUAUUAAUAUAUAAUUUUUAUGUUGUAAAAAAUAAAUAUCCUCCUAUACAUUAAAAGAGAAGUCAUUUUAGUGAUUUUUGCUGACAUGGCAUUAAUAUAGAGCUUCUCAGAAAAAUUGUUAUAAUUCUAUUGGUCGUUUUUUUUUAACUUUUAUUUUUCAUUUAUUUUAAUCAAUCGCUUAUGUAGACAAGCCCAAAACUAUUGUCGAUUU